GGAUCACAGCAACAAAAACGAAAACUGAUUGGUGAAUAAAAGAGCAGGGAUGAUAUUUAUUCAAUGGCAGUCCAAUCCAGGAUAGAGUAAGAGCAUCCUGGAGAGAAGUAGAAGAACUUCUUAAAUCAGAGAGAAACUUCCAAUGCAAGCUUCCCAAAGAAAAAUGGGCACCAAGGGCAAAGUUAUUAAAUGCAAAGCAGCUAUCGCCUGGGAAGCAGACAAGCCACUCUGCAUAGAAGAGGUUGAGGUAGCUCCCCCCAAGGCACAUGAAGUUCGAAUUCAGAUAAUCGCCACUGGCGUGUGCCACUCUGAUGCCCAUAUUCUCCACCCUCAAUUUUCCAAGGCUCUUUUCCCAGUGAUCCUUGGCCACGAGGGGGCAGGAAUUGUGGAAAGUGUUGGGCCAGGAGUGACUGAAUUCAAACCAGGUGACAAAGUAAUUGCACUCUACACACCUCAAUGUAAAAAAUGCAAGUUCUGUCUGAGUCCAGUCACAAAUGUCUGUGUAAAACUCAGUCAAUUCAAAAAUCCUAUUGUUGGUCAAGAACUAAUGGAGGACAGAACCAGCAGGUUUACCUGCAAAGGAAAACCAGUUUACCAUUUCAUGGGGACCAGCACCUUCUCUCAGUACACUGUAAUAUCAGAGACCAAUCUUGCCAAAAUAGAUGAUGAUGCAAAUUUACAGAGAGUCUGUCUGCUUGGAUGUGGGUUUUCAACUGGCUAUGGAGCUGCAAUCAAUGUUGCCAAGGUCACCCCAGGUUCUACUUGUGCCGUCUUUGGCCUGGGAGGCGUGGGUCUUUCUGCUGUAAUUGGUUGUAAAGUAUCAGGAGCUUCCAGAAUCAUUGCUAUUGAUAUCAACAGUGGAAAGUUUGCAAAGGCCAAAGCCCUUGGAGCCACUGACUGCCUCAAUCCUAGAGACCUCCCAAAGCCCACCCAGGAGGUCAUCAUUGAGAUGACCAAUGGGGGUGUGGAUUUUGCAUUUGACUGUGCAGGCGGAUCUGAAACCAUGAAAGCAGCCCUGGACUGCACAACAGUAGGUUGGGGAUUGUGUACUCUCAUUGGAGUGGCUGUUGGUGACAAAGGACUGACUAUUUCUCCAGUAGAGCUAAUAAUGGGCCGUACUAUCAAUGGAACAAUAUUUGGUGGUUGGAAAGGUAAAGAUUCUAUGCCAAAGCUGGUUACUGAUUACAAGAAUAAGAAGUUUGACCUGGACAUAUUGGUGACACAUACCUUGCCUUUUGACAAAAUCAAUGAGGCAUUUGACCUAAUGUACCAAGGAAAAAGCAUUCGAACAAUCCUGACCUUCUGAAGAAGCCGGGACAGUUUGGAAGAUGACCUGACUGAUUAUGAGCCUGUCUGGUUAAUUUAUAAUCUGAUAUGACGAACCAAGGGUAGCCAUGAAUUUAAACAAAUAUUUAUAGCCAGCAUCUCAACAUCAAAUAGCUAUGAAGAUUAUAGCAUUUGUAGUAAAAUAUAUCAGUGUUUCCUGUGUUAAAUAAUUAUGAUGACUGAUGUGCUUAUGAAUAGAAUCAGGAUGUUUGGAAACUGUUUAAAACUAGUUCUGGAGAAGUGGGAGUGAGAAACAAAGUGAUAAUAAAAAAAUACUAGAUUGGUUA